AUUUUCUUAAUAAAAUAUGAAUAGAAGACAAAUUGCUCUUAAAAAACUGAAGUCAAUAUGUUACUUAACAUUAGGUGGUACCAUUUCCUAUCAAUUCAUUUAUUUCAAAAAGGACUUUCAUGGAUAUUACGACAAUGUACUCAACCCCCUGAGCCAAUGGAUCAGUCCUGAAUUAGCUCAUAAAAUUGGCGUUCUUGCCAUUAAAUAUGGGAUAUUUCCCGCCGAAACCUACGACGAUCCACAUGUCUUAAAAACGAAAUUUUUAUCUUAUGAGCUCAGUAAUCCUGUUGGAAUUGCUGCUGGUUUUGAUAAACAUGGUGAUGCAAUAGUCGGUUUGAGAAAUUUAGGUUUUUCUGUUGUCGAAAUUGGAUCUAUAACACCGGAACCGCAACCAGGCAAUCCAAAACCUAGAGUAUUCAGGCUGCCGGAGGACAAUGCUGUCAUAAAUAGAUAUGGUUUCAACAGCGAAGGUCACAAUACUGUUUACAACAAAAUAAAACAUUUAGAUAAAACACUUUUAAAUAAUGGUUUAUUAGGAAUUAAUUUAGGAAAAAACAAACUCUCUGAUAAUGCCACAAAUGAUUAUAAUUUAGGGAUAAAAAAGUUUAUAGAUGUUGCUGACUACUUUGUCAUUAAUGUUAGCAGUCCAAAUACUCCAGGCUUAAGAUCAUUACAGAGUAAACAAGAGUUAAAAGAUCUUCUUGUUGGUAUUAAUAAGACUAGAAAAGCAUUGCAAUCAGAAAAGAAUCCUCCAUUACUUUUAAAACUUGCACCAGAUCUAAGUUUGGAAGAGAUGAAGGAUGUUGUUGGAGUAAUAACACAAAAGGAUUCCGAAGUUCAAGGACUUAUUAUCUCUAAUACAACAAUUGAUAGAACAUCAGUUAGCAAUAAACAGUAUACCAAUGAAGUGGGUGGUCUUAGUGGAAAGCCUCUUGCCAAUAAAUCUACGGAAAUGAUUAAAACAAUGUACAAAUUAACCCAAGGUAAAAUACCAAUAAUAGGUGUUGGUGGCAUAUUUAGCGGACAGGAUGCAUAUGAUAAAAUCUUAGCUGGUGCUAGUGUAUUACAAAUAUAUACAGCUUUAAUUUAUCAUGGUCCACCCAUUGUUACUAGAAUUAAAAAAGAAUUAGCCGAAUUGUUAGAGAAGGAUGGCUACAGCAGUGUCAAUGAAGCAAUCGGGAAAUGCACAAAAUAAUUGUAUUUAAUAUAUUAUAUUACAUGUU